AUGUCACAAAUCAUCGAUACAUUGCAUUCAACAAAAUCACCCGUUAUUUUAUACUGGCGCGAUCCACUGGAGUGUAUAUCUACUAUUCUUAACCAUCCUCUCUUUCACAAUCAAUUGGACUUCACGCCUCGCAAGGUUUAUUCCACAGCGCAAAAGCUCUGUCGUGUGUAUACCGAGUGGAUGACAGGCAAUGAUGCAUGGAACAUGCAAUCAGCACUUCCCCAAGGUGCUACAUUGCUUGGGACAAUAUUGUCUUCAGACAAGACAAAUAUCUCAGUUUUGACGGGCGAUCGCGUUGCACACCCACUCCUUGUCAGCCUCGCAAAUAUAUGCAUGAACACGCAACUCAAAUCAUCAUCCAACUCUUUCAUACUCACUGCCCUGCUGCCAGUUCCAAAGUUUCUCCACAAGAAUAAGCGCAUGCGUGGCGUAUUGGUGGAUCGCCUCAUCCAUCAGUGCCUAGAUAUUGUCCUCAAACCGCUCAAGGAAGCCACUCUGCGUGGCGUAAUGCUCUCGGAUCCCAUCGGACAGAGCCAAUAUUGUUUUCCUCCACUUGCAAGUUAUAUCGUUGAUACUCCGGAAGCCAUGAUGUUGGCCUGCAUUGGUGGAAAGACCUCUCUGGUCACCAUGGCCAUGUACAAGCAAUUUGGAGACUCCUUUCGCCAUGAACCUCACACAGCGUCAACCACCCUUGCACAACUAUCCGUCGUUCGCACACGAGCUGAUCCAUCUGAUCUACAAGCCUUCUUUCGGGAAGCGCAAAAAUUCUGCUUGAAUGGUGUCUUUGAGCCAUUUUGGCGGGACUGGGUGAUUAUAGAUCCGUCCCGCUUCUUCACACCUGAGACACUUCAUGUCCUUCAUAAGGAAUUUUGA